AGGCACAUCCACAGACACAUCCACAGACACAUCCACAGACACAUCCACAGACACAUCCAAAGAGACAACACCAUGGCGGCAAACGACGCGGCCAACGGACAUACUACUACCAACGAUUCAGUAGCCGCCGACUACAACCUCUCCCAACCCAUAACAUCCACGUCAGGUCUUCGCGCGGGCCUGACAUCCUACGGCGACGCGCACUUCUCGCUCUUCCUUCGCAAAGUCUUCAUCAAAGCCCUGGGCUACUCCGACUCGGCCCUAUCAUCCCCCAUCAUCGGGAUCAUCAACACCUACUCAUCCUUCAACCCGUGCCAUUCCAACGUCCCGCAACUCAUUGAAUCCGUCAAACGGGGCGUGUUGGCCUCGGGCGGUCUACCAGUCGACUUCCCCACGAUCAGCAUCCACGAGAGCUUCGCCAGCCCGACUAGCAUGUACCUGCGCAACCUGAUGAGCAUGGACACCGAGGAGAUGAUCCGAUCGCAACCCGUCGACGCCGUGGUCAUGAUCGGCGGCUGCGACAAGACCGUCCCCGCGCAGCUCAUGGGCGGCAUCAGCGCCAACAAGCCUGUCAUCCCGCUCAUCACGGGUCCCAUGAUGCCCGGCUCCGUCGAAGGUGUCAGGGUUGGAGCAUGUACCGACUGUCGAAGUUACUGGGCAAAGUACCGUGCUGGAGGCAUCGACGUCGAGGACAUCAUGUCCGUCAACGAGGAGUUAGCACCGACGGGCGGAACUUGCGGAGUCAUGGGCACGGCGUCGACGAUGGCAUGUAUCACUGCUGGUCUAGGUCUUCUCGAAUUGAGAGCUGGGGCGACUGCCGCUGCUGUGAGUUCGGCCCGUUUACGGGUCGCUGAGCAAGCUGGACGGAAUGCAGUCGCAAUGCUGAAGAAGGAGCAAAUGAGACCACAGGAUUUACUCACCCGAGAAAGCUUCCUCAAUGCCAUUAUUGUGUUGCAAGCAAUCGGCGGAAGCACAAAUGCCGUCGUCCAUUUGUUGGCCAUCAUAAAUAGGCAUCCCAAGGUGGCAGGCACCAUCGACCUGAAGACAUUCGACGAGAUCGGCAGGAAGACUCCCCUUCUGGUCGACCUCAAACCGAGUGGUGACAAUUAUAUGACCGACUUCCACAAUGCCGGGGGAAUGCUGGCGCUCAUGCACAUACUGAGACCACUGUUACAUCUCGAAGCGAGGACCAUCACUGGCCAGACUAUGGGUGAGCUGUUAGACAACACCCCCUUCAAGUCCUUCCCAUACUCAAAACAGAUAAUCCGGUCGUUGGAGGACCCCCUUUACGAAAGGUCAAGUCUGGUCGUACUGUACGGCAAUAUCUGCCCGAACGGUGCGGUAAUGAAAGCGUCCGCAUCCAAGAAUCGAAAGCUACUGCAUCAUCGAGGCUCAGCGUGUGUUUUCGAAAACACAGCCGAUCUGGCCAGGCGGAUCGACGAUCCCGAUCUCGAAGUCGACGAAAACUCCGUCCUGGUACUCAAGAGCAUAGGUCCAGUAGGAAAUCCAGGCAUGCCUGAAGCCGGGCUGAUCCCUAUCCCACAGAAGUUGGGUAGGCAAGGUGUGCUCGAUAUGCUCCGGAUAAGCGACGGUCGGAUGAGUGGCACAGCUGGAGGAACCAUAACAUUGCACGUAUCGCCAGAGUCUGCCGACCUUGAUUCAGUAUUCGGGGUUGUACAGACUGGCGACAGGAUUAUUUGCGACGUAGACAAUCGGGUCCUGUCCCUUGAUGUCGACGAGCAAGAAAUCGCCAGAAGAAUUGCACAGCGCAAACGUCGGACUCAAGGAGAUCCAUCUUCUGCGGGCGGUGAAGUCCAUCCAGAACCUUGGAUAGAACGAAGUGGUCGGAGAGGAUAUCGUGGCCUGUACGAACGAGAAGUCAAUCAGUCUCAUUUGGGAUGUGACUUUGGAUUCCUGACAGCGAAUGGACCUCUCGGUAAACAAUGACUGGUUAAAUCGCGGUUCCGAACCAGCUCUGCGACGGCGGUGAUGCUCUGCUCAUCACAGUGAUGUGUCGGUCGAGGGUGAUCGUGGUAGGACCUCUUUCCACGAAAGGAAAUCGCUUUAUGCAAAGCCUCUGGCGAGAUUUCAAGCGUCAAGACUGACUUGCAGGAGAUUGAAGGCCUGAAUGCAACGCCGUAUGUCACUGGGACUAACUCAACAGAGCAAUGUUAUUGCCCUCUUCGUCGAUAUUCAAGAUUCCAUGAACCAACAUCAAAAAAGCUGCUUCCAGUUUGGGAAGUGAACCGGUCACUCACUCGUAAGAAGCCGUCGAAUACGAAAAGCACUUGUCUGUGCUCCAAAAAAAAGUUCGGAUGAAACCUAAGCAGCAGUACGGAGAAGUGCACCAAAUGUAGUUGCCGCGCUAAACUUGAAUGACGCAGGAUCACAGCUUGACGAUGGAUUUUUUCUUGCUCUAGGCAGCCUUAACUAAA